AUGGUAGUCAACACCGAGGCCGGUCGUCCCCGUGUCAACAUGAAAGGGAUGGACCAGUAUUCUCCCAUGCACUGCCAGGCUCAGGCUCAGGGAGUCGAGGAGUAUCCUUCAUGGAACACAAUGCCGCCCGUGAUAGCCGGUACUCCAGUAGCUACAACUACUACUAGCACCACCAACUCUCUCAGGGUGCCAUAUCCUCACUUUGCCCUGGUCGGUAUCGACUGGUCAGGCCAGCUCAAAUUCCAUUCUUCUCUGCUCGAAAAGUUCAACGGGCCCGUCUUUACUUCGGAAUUCAAACAUUGGUUUGAACGGGCCACUGGUAUCAAGGCUCUUGAUAGAUCACCUAUCUUUGCCGGAGACGACUCAUACCAAGGAAGACAGUGGCCCAUGGCCCAGGAAGUAGAUGUCUUCCCUAACCCAGCUUUCCCCAAGAAGCGUCGUCGAGAGAUGAUUCACCACCAGGCUGCCAUUGAGCCAGAGGAGCAGGUCAAUGAGAUGGAGGCUGUGGAGAUGGUCCCCCUUGAGAUUGGAAACGAAGAGAAGAUCGAGGCAUACUACGAGUCAGCGUUCAGGGCCUUCCAGCAGAUCAACUGCCGUCAGGUAGCAAAGGCAUAUAUCAAGAUUAUCGAGCCACGCAAGCAAGUCAAGCACCCAUAUAACGGCGGACGAGGAGCUCCAGGCGAAAAAGGUGACCCAGAGAAGACCAAGCCGGACUGGUGGCCAGCCGGCGUUAUCCACCGAGAACCAGACCACCUGAAGAGGCCAGAACGGAUACGCCUGCUUGUCCAUAUCUUCCGCAAGCUAGGAAAAACACAUGGUAUCACUGCUGACAAGCUAGAAGAGGCCGGACGAGAUGCUCAGAGACAGAUAAAACCACGAGAGAGGCUUGACAUCCUAGACGAGAUCUACAAGGUCCGAAGGGCGGAAGAGUGUUACGAAAGGGGCGAAGCAGAUGCCAAUGCCGUCGUAUACGUCGUCAACAGAGAUGCAAACACCAAAGCCGAACGAGACUCCGAAGCAAUGAGCGAUGGCGGUCAGAACUCAGCCCUCACAGAAGAAUCCCGCAAGGCAAUGGAAGCCAAAUACUCGACCCUCUCACCUUCCCACGCACCCAAGAGACAGUCCCUCGUCCGUGACCACAAACCACCUCACCUCUUCCGCACCCCUAACCUGGCCGACUUCAGCAACAUGGAGAGCAAGCCCCCGGCUGACCAAACUAUCGAGUACUUCUCCCAGCCCGAGUUCGCCACCUCCCCCGUCGACGAGCACAUCAACAACACCAUCAGAGACAGCCAUCACUGGUCCUCCUUCCAGCAACCCCUAUACAGCCCCGUAGAAUACAACACAAACCACCUCGUUCCUCAGCAGAUCCUCGCUCCUCCUAUGGUCACUUCCGAAGCCCCCAACUCCGCUCUCCAGCCGACUCACGGCCUCCCUAUUCCUGAACCACAUGGCUCAAGACAUCAGUCCUUCGAUUAUAUCUCAAUGGACAACAACCCCUUCAAUGCCGGACCAAUGACACACCAACUACUACCACAAAGCAGCCAGGAAUCCCGGCCCAGUUGCACGAUUUAA